AUGUUUGAAGAAAUUUAGCUAAGUGGAAUUAAUGCCAAAGAAAUAGCAUCUCAAUCUAAUAUAACCUUAAUUGGAAAUUAGGUUGAAGAACAUUACAAAUGUACAGACUCAUCUAGUACUUUAUAUAUUGAAGGCAUGAUUUAUGUAGUGUAUGUUUUAUUUUGUAUUAAUAUAUAGAAAAGUUUCGAAUGGUCAGACUGUUUCAAUUCAUAUAUAUGAUAUGAAAGAUUUAUUUCACAAGUAAAUAUUAUUAACAAGUGAGUACAUCAAUUUUUCUCAUUUAAUUACUCAAAAUGGUUGUAUAAUCAUGAGGGAUAAUGAAGCUCCUUAUUUAUUGGUUGUUACACAAACAGGAUAAAUAUUUUAUAAGAAUUUAAUUUCAAAUACUUCAUCCAUAAUUAAGAAUUUAAUGGUUGACAAUUAAAGGUUUGUAUGUCUGGCUAAAUCACUUAUAAACAAUAACUCUAUUAAAUUUUAUGUAUUAAGUGAUGAUGAUUAAUUAUAUUUUAUAUCAAUUGAUGUAAGAAAAGGGGAAAUUGUGAAAAGUAAAUAUUAACUAAGUUUUGGUACUAAAUUUUUAAGUAAAUUUUUUGUUAAUCAAACUAAUGAUUGGAAGACUGUUUUUCAAAUUAAUGAUAAACAAUUAAUCCACUACUCUUUUCAAACUUAGUUUCAUUUACUUGAAAUCAAAGGAUCAGAUUUAACAACUAAAUAAUUAUAAAUUGAGGAUAAUAUUAAGGUUAAAUAGAUAUAAGUAUUUUAACAUAAACCAAAUGGUUAAAUUACAUUAUGUUAUCUACAAUUAAAUUAAAUGAAAAUUUAUUCUCUUAUUGGUAAUUAAUUAAGAAUUAAUUGUGUUAUUUUCAAUUUAGAUUUCUUAUAAAACACAUUUUUUAGUGUUAGUAGUAUCUAAAAUACUAUAAUUUUAAUUUAAGGAACUGAAGUUUAUCAAUUAUUUAAUGAAAACAAUAAUUUUGAGUUAAUAAAUUCAAAUAAAUUACCUGUUUUAGGUUUUAUAAAUUUAGAUGAUUAAUUAUUAUUGUUUUAUAAAAAUCAUAUUUCAUUUAUAAAUUAGGUUUAAGACCAGAUUAGUAAAAGAUAAUAUCAAUUAAGACAAAAUCUAUAUAAUUUUAAAAAGGAAAUCGAAACAAAAUUUAAAUUAAAGGAUGAAGAAUUAAUACUAUAAUCAAUAUCGAUAGAUUAUUUUAUAGAAAAUAAAUUUGACUAUUUCUAAACCCUAAUUAAAUUUAUGCAUCGCAAUCUAGAUUAAAAGAAAAUAAUAUAGUUGAUGAAAUAAUAAUAAAAUAAUUUUUUUAUAGAUGACUUUAUGAAUGAAUUAAUGGAUGACUUGGAAGAUAUCUAUUACUAUUUAAAACCAACAUUUUAAAAAUUAGAUUUGGAUUUCAAUCAAACUUACACUUAAUUAAGUAAAUAAUUGAAUUGCUUAGAUUAAAUCUUAUUGCAUAUUUAUUAAAAGGAAUUCUAAAAUUCAUAUGACAAUAAAUAAGAUUAAUGGGUAAAAUUUUCAUUACUUAAGUCAUUUGUGGUAAAUUAAUUAAAAGAUUAUUAUUACAUGUAUUUAGAAAUCUAUUUAGGCUUGAUUGUCCUAGCUAAUAUUUCUAACAAUAUAAUUGAUCUCUAAAAUGAUCAUAAACUAUUUUAUGAUACUAUGCUUUUAUUAACUUUAUUUUAAGACAAGUCAUAAGUAUCAUUUUAAGAUUUACUAAAAAGGUAAUUCUCUGCAGUCUCUAAUGAUAUAAAAUUAUAACAGUUAACCUCUAUACAAAAUGUCGUCUAUAGAUUUAUAAAUUUAGUUUAUUCUGAAGUAUUUAGAAAUUUUGCUAUUUCAGAAGACUUAUUAUGUGAGGCUUUCGUAUAAAAUUAGAAAAAAUCAUUAAUAAAUUAAAAUAAUGCAAAGCAUAUUAUAAGGUAUUGCUAAGUGAGUUAAUAAAUUGGAUUAUAAUAACACAAUAUUUUAUAAUUUAUUAAUGAAAAUGAAGACCAAUAUCAAGAAUUGAAAUUGAGAAUUUCAUUUUUUUUGCAAAAAUAAUAAACUCCAUAAAAUGAAGAUGAUUAGGAAAUAGUAUUAAAAAAAUUGAUAAGUUACGCUAUAAAACAAGAAUAAUAUCAACUUUUAUUUUAAAUCUUAAAUAUGAAUGAAACAAAAUAAAUACAUGAUUAACUAUCUCUAAUGGUUGAGAGUGAUUAAUUAUUUAAAUGUUAAUUAAGUAAUUUCUAAAUAAUCUAUAUUUUAGAUGCGAGAACUACUGAUUUAAUUGCUGAUUUAUUACUUCAAUAUUGUAGAGAAAAGUGUAAUAAUUUGAAAAAAGCUGAAAAAAUGCUUCAAUACUUUAGUUUUCUAAUGAAGCAAGAAUCAAAAGGAAAAGUAUAGAAUUUUUAAAAUAUACAAAGGCUUUUACAUUAUUGUUUGAGUAUAUUGUAAAUAUAGAAAUCUUGCUGUUUACUUUGAAAUUUAAGGAUAUUGUUCGUGGUGUGAGAAUUUAAUUAGAUUAUAUCAAAAUAUUACUAAAUUAAAUGGAGUUAUAAAAUAAAUAAGACUAAUUACCUUAUUCAAAAUAAUUAAUUUGUAAACUUAGUGAUUAGAAUUUUGAAUAGUUUUAGAAUCCAAGCACUAUAAAUGAUAAAUCAGAAAUUAAUUUAGCUUCUCCUAAAAAUAUCAGGAUAGUAAAUUAAGAAUAGAUAAUAAAAUUAAAAAAAUAUAAAGAAAUUUAAAAUUUUGUUUGUGUCAAUUACAGUCCAUAUGCUUAAUUAAAUAAAGUGGUGGAAUAAUUGAUUUUGAAUGGAAAUUUAAAUUUAUUGAUUUAAGUAUUUGAAUUAAAUUUGGAUCCUAAUUUUGAAAAGAAUAUAGUGUUUUUUUAUUUUUCUAAUAAUGAGAGAAAGAGAUAAGAAUUGCUCGAUAAAGUGAAACCAUUUUUAAGUAAAAAGGACUUUUCAAUAGUUUUGGCUUAAAUUUGCGUAGUGUGUAAUUUAAAUCUUGAAAAGUGUAAAGAAUUGUUUAAGAUGGCUUAGAGCUAAGAAUACUUUUUAUAAUAUCUGAUAAAUGUUGAUAAGUAAUCAAUUGCUUAUUUGAUAAUUUGA